CAACUACUCCACAGUGUUUCCUUGGCCUGCUCCGGUGUUGUGUCUUGGAAGCCUCAUACAUGUACUGACACUCCACGGCUACUGAUAUCGUUGGAGCCCUGGAGUUCUUCUGUCCCUUACCGGGAAAGAGUAAGCCAUGGCUAGCAAUGGCGGAGUCACCUACUGGGAUGCUGUCUGCGGUAAUAGUUCCCGCGAAUGGGCAUUUUGGGACGACUCCUUGACAAUCAACACUACCAACCCCGACCUGACCACGUGUUUCCAGUCAACAGUGCUCGUGUGGGUGCCAUGCCUCUUCCUGUGGCUCUGCUCACCCUUCUACAUCGUUUACCUAGCCGGGAAGCCGACCAUCCAUGGCACCGCUGGCCACAGCAAACUAAAUAUCGUCAAAAUUGUAUUUUCUAGUCUGUUGACGUUUACCUGUGCCGCCGAUCUCUGUCUCAACAUCUAUGACCAUUUCUCCGGCUAUACGACAACUCCAGUGGUCCAGUUUGCCACGCCUGCCAUACUCCUGGUUACCAUGAUUCUUGCCACGGUUUACAUCAGUGUUGAAUACAUGAAAGGCCAGCACACAUCAGGUGUGCUCUUCAUCUUCUGGUUCGCGUUUCUGCUUGUUGGUAUCAUCAGAGUCAGGAGCACCAUCAUCCAGGAAGCACUAAAGGGCCCAGUAACAGAUCUCGGACACUUCAUCUUGUUUUACAUUGUCUUCGCGUUUGUGUUGAUAUCGUUCGUACUGACCCUGUUCGCCGACCUCGAGGCCCUAGAAGACACGACUGGGCCGGAUGAGAUGCGGCUGACAUUCAUCCGUGAGGGCUCAUUCCCCGAGCUAGAUCUCGAACCUCCAUCAAUUAAACACGAGGAAUGCCCAGAAUUGAAGGCCACCUUUCUCUCGCAAAUACUGUUCCUGUGGAUGACGGGCAUGAUCUACAAGGGAAAGAAGAAGGUGCUCCAGUUUGCUGAUCUCUGGAAGCUCAGGCGACAAGACCGCGCCGAUGUUAUAAACGAUCGCUUUGAACAGGCUUGGAAACCCAACACGAAGGGUGAGAGACACACUUGGAGAGAGAGGCAAUCAUCCGUCUCGUUCGUCAACCAACCAGGCGAAGAUGGCGACCAGCCUCCAGUCCGUAUCAUCGAUGAAGUGACUAUCAACAAGCCCAAAGAACCGUCCAUGCUGUUGGCGUACAUCAAAGUGGUUGGAAGGGUUUACUUCAUCACUGGUCUCUAUAAGCUCUGUUAUGACGCUGUGCAGUUUCUUCAACCGACACUUCUUAGUUUGCUGAUCACGUACGUGUCCGGUAACAAUCCCUACCAAUGGCAGGGCUACGCCCUCGGCAUCUGCCUCUUCCUUAUAUCCGUGCUCAGGUCAAUCUUCUUCCAACUCUUCUGGGAAGGCUGCUUCGCCACCGGCAUGCGCAUGCGCACCAUGAUUACCUCUGCCGUUUAUAGAAAAUCUCUCAAGCUGAGCAGUUCCGCAAAACGGGCAUCCACAGCCGGUGAGAUAGUGAACCUGAUGUCAGUGGACGCCCAGAAGCUCCAGGACGCACCCAUCUACCUUCACUUUAGCUGGUCGGCGCCGUUUGUUAUUGCCGUGUCCAUGGGGCUACUCUGGCAGCAGCUUGGGGCAGCUUGCCUGGCUGGUCUUAUUGUCCUCGCGCUCAUCAUCCCUGUAAGCGCUAUGAUUGCGAAGAAGAGCCAGGGACUUCAGGAAAAACAAAUGUCAUACAAGGACGAAAGAAUGAAGAUGAUGACCGAGGUUCUUGGAGGCAUUAAGGUGCUGAAGCUGUACGCGUGGGAAGGUUCGUUCAUGGAGAAGGUGAUGUGGACGAGGAACCUCGAGAUCAACAAACUCCGCACCUCUUCCUAUCUGGAUGCCAUUACAUUCGCCAACACGUAUCUUGCACCAUACCUGGUAUCUCUGGCAUCUUUUGCUGUCUACGUACUCACCCGUGAGGACCGCAUCCUGGAUGCCAACAAGGCCUUCGUCUCCCUGUCUCUCUUCGCGAUCAUAACCCAACCCAUGAACCUGAUACCCCCAAUGAUAUCGUACUGGGUCCAGAGCCUGGUCUCCACCAAGCGAAUCAAGCUAUUUCUUGCCGCGGAGGAGCUUCAGCCGGAUGCUGUUGACCACAACCCAGCGGAUAAUGAAAUGGUUACCAUAAAGGACGCCUCAUUUACGUGGGACGUGGACGAACGGCCGACACUUAAAAAUUUGAAUAUGAACGUGAAGCCUGGAACACUGGUAGCAGUCGUUGGUCACGUAGGAGCUGGCAAGUCAUCUCUAAUCUCCGCCAUUUUGGGUGACAUGUACAAGACACAAGGUUCCAUCGAUGUCACAGGCAAAAUCGCAUACGUCCCUCAGCAAGCCUGGAUACAGAACCUCACCCUGAAAAACAACAUUCUGUUUGGCAAAGAAUAUGACGAAGGGAAGUACCAGAGGACGAUCGAGGCGUGCGCACUGACGUCUGACCUGAAGAUUCUACCAGGGGGAGACGAGGCGGAGAUUGGCGAUAAGGGUGUGAACAUGAGUGGCGGACAGAAACAGCGCAUCAGCAUCGCGCGGGCAGUCUACCAGGAUCUCGACCUCUAUCUACUUGAUGACCCACUCAGUGCCGUAGACGCUCAUGUGGGCAAGCACAUAUUCAGCGAAGUGGUGGGGCGGGAAGGCCUUCUUAAGGACAAGACACGUAUCUUCGUCACCCACGGCGUGACAUACCUACCGUACACGGACUACAUCGUUGUCCUGAACAAGGAGGGCGGCAUCAGUGAGGCGGGGCCCUACCAGGAGUUGAUUAGUCACAAGGGAGCAUUUGCCGAGUACAUCCAGACUUAUUUGUUGGAGGGAGUGGAUGAGAGGGUGGAAGAGGACGACGAAGUUCUAAACUUCCACGAGACCCUCGCACGUGCCGUGUCCCAGCUUGAUGAUGAUGACGAAAAAGCGGAGAUGUUCCUGGCAAGCGUUGAAGAGAAGAUAAAGACACGGUCCAUGUCGCGUCGCAAGUCCAUGACGCGGUCCAUCACCGCUGAGGAAUCGAUCAAGAUUGUGACAGAGCAGGCCGUCAAGAAACAGACUCUGAUGACAGAAGAAGUAGCUGAGACGGGAUCGGUUAGCUGGGCAGUUUAUUUGAAUUACGGGCGAGCUGCUGGAUUGGUCCUCGCGGUGACAUGCAUCCUUCUUUAUUUCGGCCUGAUUGCCUCCGCAACGUUGACCUAUCUCUGGCUUGGUUACUGGAGCAACGACCAGCCGAAGAACGGUACGAAUUACAUCGAAAAGGACUUCAGCAACUACCGACUAGGUGUCUAUGGUGGAGUGGGCACAAUACAAAUCUUGACCUUACUUGGCCUGGCCUUCGCCAUGGCCGAAACAACCAUUCGCGCUACGAAAGAUCUUCACUCACGUAUGUUGACCAGUAUCAUGCAUUCGCCAAUGGAGUUCUUCGACACCACGCCACUGGGACGUAUCUUCAACAGGAUGUCCAAGGAUGUUGACAUUCUGGAUACCAAUAUUCCCAUGACGCUGAGACUAUGGGUUGGCACAUCUGCUUUUGUGGUCACCACCCUGAUCAUGAUCACUAUCAGCACACCGUGGUUCUUGGUCGCUUUGGUGCCCUUGCUGGGAAUAUACUACCUGGUCCAGAGCUUCUACAUCAAUACAUCGCGGCAGCUGAAGCGCAUUGAGUCAAUCACGCGUUCACCUAUCUUCUCCUUGUUCGGCGAGACAGUGACGGGCGCCUCCUCCAUCCGCGCCUACAGACAACAGGACAGAUUCGUCAAGCGAAUAGACGAACUAUCUGACAACAAUAAUAUGGCUUACUACCCGAAUAUAAUAUCGACAAGGUGGUUAGGAUUUUGGUUAGACUGCAUCGGCAACUUGAUGGUCCUGUUCGCCAGUACGUUCGCUGUCGCCUCCCGGGAUUCGUUUGGUACAUCUCCCGGUAUCAUUGGGCUGGCUAUCACAUUCUCACUGAGGGUCACAGCCAGUCUCACUCUGAUGGUGCGGAUGACAUGCGACAUGGAGUCCUACAUCGUGUCUGCUGAACGAAUACAAGAAUACACCACCCUGAAAAGUGAGGCGGACUGGACCAAGGACGACCAGAAACCUCCGAUAGAGUGGCCAGAUUCCGGCAAGGUUCAGUUCAUAGACUAUGCCACUAGAUACAGGGAGGGUUUGGAGCUGGUCGUCAAGAACAUUCAGUGUCUGAUCAAACCUGGCGAAAAGGUUGGAGUCGUAGGAAGAACAGGGGCAGGGAAGUCUUCCCUGACCCUGGCCCUCUUCAGGAUCAUAGAGCCUACGGCUGGUACCAUCACUGUGGACGACUGGAACAUCACUGAUCUAGGCCUUCAUGAUCUGAGAUCCAAGCUUACCAUCAUACCACAGGACCCGGUUUUGUUUUCCGGCACUCUCCGAAUGAACCUCGACCCUCAAGACCUUUACACAGAUGUCGAAAUCUGGUCAAGUCUCGAGUUGUCCAAUCUGAAGGACUUCGUGGCAGGUCAAGAGAGGAGGUUGGGAUUCAUCUGUACAGAGGGUGGAGAAAAUCUGAGCGUUGGUCAGAGACAGCUAAUCUGCCUUGCAAGAGCCCUGCUGAGAAAGACCAAGAUCCUUGUCCUGGACGAAGCUACUGCAGCAGUGGACCUCGAGACUGAUGAAAUGAUACAGAGAACAAUUAGGGAGGAGUUUAAGAACAGCACUAUCAUUACCAUUGCUCACAGGUUGAACACAAUCAUGGAUUAUGACAGAAUCCUGGUGCUGGACAAGGGAGAAAUAAAAGAAUUUGAUACACCGUCCGCGCUGCUACACAACAGCAAGAGUAUCUUCCAUGGGAUGGCACGUGAUGCUGGGCUUAUUUGAGGCACGGCAAGUGAAAUUCAUCGGAUCAAAUUUUAAUGAAAAUAGGAUGUCCCAGGGAUAGGACGUGCAAUUUUCAUUGUACCAGAUGGAACUUUUACAAAUUGACAGGGUUUCGUCUAGCCGAGGGGGAAUGGAAGAGAUUUGCAUGUGAACGUUAUUGUACCCAUCUAUAUAAGGUGAAAGAAAUCCAAUCAAUCAAUCAAUCAACCGUCCGAUCGAGUAUAAACCAGUGUGCGAAAUGUAUUUUAUAAAGUCAAAAUAAUAAAGAUAUCGAUAUUA